UUUCCUGCGCGACACACAUCAAUAACAGGCUCUCUGAUUGGUCAGGGACACAUGAACGAUGCAUUUGUAAAUGGCUUUCCUUGGGAAUAAUGUAAUGUUUUAUUUCUUGUAAUGUAUUAUCAGCACCUUAAAGCAUUUUGUCGCAAUUUUGAGUAACAUUUUGUUGAUCGUCUUGGAUCUGGAAAACGAUGUCGGCCGCAGAAGGCGAUCGCAGUUCGGAACAACUGAAUAAAUUCGAGAAACUGACAGUGAGGCCUCCAGUCAGAGUAGCAGGUCUCCAUAUGCCCCCAGCUCGGAGCGGGCAUCGCUGCGUGGCAGACAACACCAACCUGUACGUGUUCGGGGGGUACAACCCGGACUAUGAUGAGUCGGGCGGCCAGGAGAACGAGGACUACCCGCUGUUCAGGGAGCUGUGGAGGUACCACUUUUCCACGGGCACCUGGCAGCAGAUCCGUACAGAGGGCUACAUGCCCACCGAGCUGGCCUCCAUGUCAGCUGUUUUACAUGGAAACAAUCUGUUGGUGUUCGGUGGCACUGGGAUUCCCUUUGGGGAAAACAACGGAAAUGACGUCCACGUCUGCAACGUCAAGUACAAGCGGUGGUCGCUGCUCAACUGCCGAGGGAAGAAGCCCAACCGAAUCUACGGACAGGCGAUGGCCAUCAUUAACAGCUUCCUGUAUGUGUUUGGGGGAACGACGGGCUACAUCUACAGCACAGACCUGCACAGACUGGACCUGAACACCAGAGAGUGGAUCCACCUCAAACCCAACAACCCACCAGACGACCUGCCUGAGGAACGGUACAGACAUGAAAUAGCACACGACCGUCAGAGGAUAUACAUCCUGGGAGGAGGGACCUCCUGGACCUCCUAUCCUCUGGACAAGAUACAUGCGUACAACCUGGAGACAAAUUCCUGGGAGGAGAUCUCAACCAAGCCUCAUGAUAAAAUAGGGUACCCUGCUCCCAGGAGAUGUCACAGCUGUGUGCAGAUACGGAACGAUGUGUUUCUAUGUGGAGGUUACAACGGUGAAGUCAUAGUGGCUGAUCUGUGGAAGAUCAACCUGCAGACGUUCCAGUGGACCAAGCUCCCAGCGGUGAUGCCUGAGCCAGCCUAUUUCCACUGUGCUGCCGUGACCCCGGCUGGCUGCAUGUACAUCCACGGUGGUGUGGUGAACAUCCACGAGAACAAGCGGACUGGCUCCCUGUUUAAGAUCUGGCUGGUGGUGCCCAGCCUGCUGGAGCUGUGCUGGGAGCGUCUGCUCAAGGCCCACCCCCAGCUGGCUCAGUUGCCCACCAUGCAGCUUCUCCACCUGGGCCUCACACAGGAACUCAUCGAGCGCUUGAAAUAAAGGAGGAAGGAUGGAUGGAAUGAUAGAUGGACGGAUGGGAGAUGUCGGACGGAGAACAGGAUUUAUUUUUAAGGGGGUCGCCUUGAAGGAGUUGAUGGUCCCUCUGUCUACGUAGCCCCGCCUUAAAACCAAAAACAAUGGGAUGCCUUUUUUCUUUUUGCAUUUGGACAUCUGAUGAUUUUAAAAGGAAUAAGUGGAAUGUUUCUUGACCCCGCCCCAUUCCCCCGUCUUGCCUUUGUGUUAAGCAAGGUCGCCGCCCCCCUCACACACACACACACGCCUCUCAAUCUGCCUGCUUACAGACCCAGAAAUAAUUUGCUCCACAGCUUUCAGAUUCACGACGACCCUCACUACUUUCUCAUUUUAUAUAGGCCUUCAUGACUUUAAUAAGAAUGCCAUUUCAGAGGAAUGGGGGCAUUUCUAUCACAUUAUUUUCUCUCUGCGUGCAAUUGGGGAAAGUUCGACUCGGACUCAGAUGAAAAGUUACACCAGACAGUUGGCAUGUUUUGUGUUACAAGGGGAAGGUAGUAUUGGUAUCACCCUCAUGCCAGACUUAGACGCAGGUUGUCGUCAGCACUUUUCCCUAUUCAAGGCUUAUUAUUAAGAGAUAGUGUCUGAUUUUAAUAGUUAUGUGUGAAGAGCAGACUGAUGCUAGGUCUCUAAUAGACCACUUCCCUUUCACCUAAUAUCACACCACACUCCUAAUACCCAUUUAACAUGCAUUCAGGUAUCUCAGAUAUACACACAGGUAUUUGAAACAAUUAUCUCUGGUAGUUAUCUGUAUCAGUGUCCCAAAUUGCACCCUAUUCUCUAUAUAGUGCACUACUUUUGACCAAGGGACUUAGCCCUUAUAUCCACCAUAAUAUCAAUGGAAGAUGGGUAAGAGUCAAAACACCUGGUCUCCAUUCAUUCUGAACUGUACCAGUCACUUUAGUUCUUCAGUAUGCUUGUGGUAGUCCAUUUGUAAACUAAAUCAUCCCAUCACUGUGAACAUGGUGCUCCUUAAAUGACUUUAAAAUGUUUUUAUUUAAAUAAAAUAUUCAAUUUCUGUUCCAACUUUUACUCCAUCUUUGCUAAUAGGACAAAUAUAAACAGAUUUUUGGGGAUCUGUUUUAGAAUACUAACAUUGAUCUGAUUCAUUCAGUGCCUUUCCCAAAGUUUCAAUGAUAUUGAAGUACUACAACCUAGAAAGGAGAAGGAAACACGAGUAAUGGUUUAGCUUGAUCCAAACAUACUGACCAUUUAAAAAAUGACUCCCAUUUGGGAUCGUUUCUCUAUAAUUUCCCCUCACAUUAAAGAUAACAUAUGCACCACUUGUCAGAUCAGUCAACAAUGCAUUGAUGAAUCUUUUAAUUGUGCCCUUUCCAAACACAAUGAACAAUUAGUUAAAGCAGCAAUAAUGUGUGAAUAUGUAUUUAUGCUGCUGUAUUUAUGGAUGACUUAGAGUUCAUGUAUGUUGUACUUGGGGGCUGAAUCUGAACAGUAUUCUGCUGUUAAGUCUCUGUGUGCAGACAAAGUGCCAGGGUCAGAUAAUCAACACAGUUCAGAUUAUAUGCUGAGCUGGGGACGUGGUUUAACGCCAAAUAUUAUGGCACCUUGAAUUCAAUGCCAUUAAAAUCUGCCUUGUGGAACAAAAUAGUAUUUAUUGAUCAUUGCCAAGGGGGUAGUUUAAAAUGUUAAUGAAUACCCAUGAUUCCCUGCUCCCCAUCAAGGAAAUGCCUAAAUCUGUGCCUGUCCUCAUUCUAUUACACCUUCUCUGCAUGUCAUUAGUCACCUUUUAAGUUGGAAAAGUCAUCUCCCCUGGACUUGAAUCCUUACUGUGCAGCAAAUGGUUUUAAGGCGAUCGCUGAAUUGAUAAUUGUAUUUGUGAAUGUUUUGUUUCGAUUGUUGACGAGUCAAUAAACAUGAACUGUAAAUAGUG